AGUCCGAAUUUUCUGAUAAUUUAAGUGGAAAAUUGUACUGUUUUGUUUCAAAGCCAUUUAAAUUAUUACAAGACGACAGAUUUGGGUUGAUACUCCUACAGUCAACGUGUCAAAUCUGUCAAGCGUGUUCGGUAACGGAUUCUGAUGCUGCGUAUAGUUCCGCUGUUCUAGAUUCUCGUCAAAUUCGUAGCGGACGUGCCGUUCGUGCAAAAUCCAUUUUCGACAAAUUCGCCCGUGCGGGAGACGAAGUAGUCUUUCCACGCGUUUGAAAUCGACCUCUCGCGCGAGCCGGCGCCGAGAGACCGGCCGGGUCAAGACGGUGGCGCCGCGGUCCACGUGUGUAUUGUCUACUCUCUGCGGAUCCCUCUACCGAGUCUACACCGACGGGUCUAUUUGUAAACACGCGACGUAAGAUGGACGUGUAUGAGCACCGCUCUGGGAAAAACUGGGAGGAUUUCGAUGUGUCGCGCGAGGAACUGCAGAAUCUAACCGAGUGCCUGAAGCAAGAGGACUUUCGCAAGCUGCUGAUCGGGUACGCGGAGGAAGUGAACGACCCGGACAACAGGAGGAUCUAUGAAAGGGAGAUCACCCAGCUCGAGAAGGAGCGGGGCGUAGACGUGACGUUCGUUAACCCCGAGCCCGGUUACGUCAUUAAGACUAGCGUUAACGGCGAGAAAAAGUGUUUCCUGAACAUCAGCAAGAACGACAUCGUCGCCCGCCCGACCAGCCAGCCCAGCUAUGAGCAGGGUCACCGCGGCCUGCAGUGGUCCAUCCCGUACACGCUGAUACCGCCCCGCGAUGACCUUGACAAGAGGAACGUGCGGUGCGUGGUGUUCGACGUGGUCUUCCACCCGGACACCAUCUACCUGGCGUCCAAGAACACGCGCUUCCGCGAGAUCGUCAACAACACGGCGAUGGACGGCGUGGAGAGUAACUUCAAGGUGAAGUUGGACAGGAAGAAUCUAAAGUUUCCCAAGAUUAGCUUUAAGGGGAUAACACAUCCUACAGUGAUCAGGAAACCUUCGCAGACUCCACCACAAGAACCACUGGACAUAGAGCCAGAGAUUUAUCAGAAGAUAAUGGCAAGCUACGAUGAGAGUCGCGAGAAGCAGUUGAAGCAGAGGGAGGAGAAGCCACAACGUGCCCAACCGACUACUACCUACUACAAGGACAAACAGCAGAAGCUCGAGAACGAGACAUAUGUCACUCCAAAAUUCUCUGUGAAACAUCAGUCUGAUGUGGAGCUGGAGGAUUUCCGUUUGGACCGAGAUGCAAAGAUGUUCGCUGCAAUUCCCAAGAGAUUGGUGGUCACUAUAGAUCUGCCCCUGUUAAAAAGCGCCAGCGAUGCGACGCUUGACAUACAUGAACGAUCCCUUACUCUGAAGAGCGAGAAACCUGCGAAAUAUCUGCUGGAUCUCCCGUUACCAUAUCCUGUCAACGGAGACAACGGGAACGCUAAAUUUGACCCGAAGUACAAAAAAUUAAUUGUAACUCUACCAGUGAUUCAAUCAUCGAUACCACUAAGUGGUAAAGAUAGGGUAGACAACAUGAGGGUUGAUAAUGAUCAGAACAAUGCUGUACCAGUAGCAUCCGAGGAUGACAAGAAGGAUUUAUCUAAGAAGAAAGUACAGUUAGUGGAAGAGAUUAGUGAAAGCGCGUGCAAAAAUGUAGAAGUCAAUAAAACAAGUGAGGAAAAGGCAGACAAGUGCGAGGAUACUGCCUUACGGACUAGUAGCACGACGGAAACCGUCGACGACACAUUUAUGAAUCCUAAUGUUAAGUACAAUCUUCCCGCUUAUACUUGUAAUAUUUACAAUAAUCAGUUAGCCAUUGUUAUAAAUGUGAAAAACGUGAACCCAGACGCGAUACGCCACAAAAUUUUAGACAAUAACAUAGGUAUACAUAUCUUGUUGACAUCCAUGGGCACUGGAUUCUUUCCGCAAUAUUAUUCAUUGUGUUUUAAGAUAGAAAACGGUUGUAUUGAGCCGGAAAAUCUUACGAUCGAACCAUGGGACAAUAAUGUUGUAUUUAGUGUCACAGUGAAGGAUAUUGAGAAUGUAGCACGAUAUUUCGUUGGAGUAGACACGGAAUUCAUGGAAGGAAAGGAUCUACCCACAGCAGUGUCAUUUACAAACAAAUUUAAAGAAUUGUUCUCUCCGAAAGAUGAACUGCAGGUGGAAAGGCACAUAUCUGUGCAGCCGCAGGAUGAUGGCAUUGUCAUAAAUAUUCAUCAAAAUCAGCAGGAUUCUGAUGACGAAGAGGAACACGAGGAAAACGUGAGGGUCGUGAAGCGACGACAAGAGAAGAAGCACGCCGUCGAAAAAGUCAGAUCGGUUUCAGAAAGCAGCGGAGAUGAAUUGGCAAGCAAUAGCAGCAACAGCAGUGUGAGACACUCGAAAGGAAUUUUAAAGUCACGUCGCGCUCGAGAUUUCUCGCGGUCCAUGUCCGAGUCGAGUGCCGAUGAAAAUAGCCUAUCUGCAUCGUGCACGGAUUAUCAGUGCGAUCAUUACGAUUCCGUGCACGACGUCAAUUCCGAAUCGGAAUGUUCCAGUUUGAAAAAGACUGUACGAUUUAAUGACGUGGUUUCACGGCAAUUAUUUAGAACCAAUUCGAGUAUUCUUGGACAGCGAAAGAAGAAUCAACGUAAACUACGCAAUAAGAAACGCGCGCACGAUCGCCGACUAAGCGAAAGUGAGAAUUCUGAAACUGAAGAGCGUGACAAGUAUAAAAUGGAUUAUAAGCGUUCUUCGAGUGAGGAUACUUCUGAGAACGUGAAACCUAUACUUGCCAGAGAUAAGCAUUUGCAGCAACAAAAAACCGCCAAUAUUGAGAUCGCGAAAUCGAACACCAAUAAUAAACAUUCUUUGCAUAAGCGUAAAUCCAGCUUUGAGGAAAAUUCCACCGAAGAUGUUCAAGCCGAUGUCUCGAUUAAAGCGACGAAAGAUGAAGUUCAGUUGGAAUUUAAGAACGAUCUGAUAUUCGAUCUCGAUAUGUAGACGUGAAACUAUAUACGAGGUAAUUAUAUGCAUAAUGUGAUAGGCAUGAUCGAGAACGUUGCUACGAUUUUUUUAGUAACUUAGUAACUAGUAACUCAAUACUGAAACAGUAAAUUUAUAUACGUAUAACGUUACAAACUAAUUAUUUUAAAGUAUCAAAGAUACUAUCUAGAUGGGAAUAAUUUUCUAGUGCGUUAUUAGUAUAAAGGUAGUAACCAGGCAAGCAUUAUGGCAAAUCAAAAUCAUGAAUUUAUUUAAAUAACUGACUUAAUACAAGCAAAGCUUAAAAUAUUACAUCCUAACAUCUCUUGCAAAAUAAAAAGAAAAAAAAAAGCUUUGCUUAAUGUAAAAAGUAUGACAACUCGGAAAAUAAUCGUGUUAAAAUGCAAAGAUAAAGGUAAUACUAUAUGAAAUAUUUUUAAUCGAAAUCUUUUAGAGGAAACUGAUUACGUCGCCGUUGGUUGAAUUUCCUAAAUCUUUUAAAGAAAUAUACAUGUUCCUUUUGCAUGCGUGUUGAAUAUUACUGCCGCAUAAUGUAUGUGAUUUUUUACUCACAAGAUAACGCUUUAUUAAAUCAAGAAUGAUCAAAUGAUAAAUCACAAAUACUUUGAUAGAAGUGCAUACAAUUUUAAAGAACAGUGAAUUUAUGCAAAAAUACAUUUUUAGAUCUUGUAAUAUACACGAUACUUACGUCAAGAGUUUGCACAUGUAUACAAAUGCAACGAGCGCUUGCCAAAAAAUCGUGAUAUAUAUGAUCAUAACAUAAAUGAAUAUGGUUUUGUUUUGAAAAUUGUUAAUUACGUGGCACAGGGUCUAAAGUUUUCGAUGUCAAAAAUUAUCUAAGUCAUGUUCUCUUGUAAAAACACCAAAAGUUGUCUAUUUAAAAUUUUUUGCGUUGGAUAAGAGACAAAAUUAAGAUAUAUUUAUCGAUUUAAUGUAUUAUAUAUAUUUUGUAAUUAAAUGUACAUAAGUUGUUUUAAUCUGGAUCGAUGGAAAAAAAUGUUUACAUAUCUGCGCUCUUAGCACGUUUCAUUCCUAUGUUAUAUACCAUAUUUUUACUGAUAAUAAGCAGUCCACAUAAACUGAUAUAUUCACGCAACACUACACUCCUGUAAUGGUAUAACACAAGAAUGAAAUAAAUGGCAUACAAAAUGUUUAUAAAUGA